UCGUCGACCAAUAGGAGAACGCCUUACUUAACCUAUUCGACCAAUGAGCGUCGAGCUUUGUUCUACUGUGCCAGUUCCGAGGCGCGCGCGCUCUUAGCCGUCGAGCUAUUUCUACUUUUAUCCGCCUUCGCAAAACCGCUUAAUUGCGCGUUUUAGCAGAGUUGUUUUUAUUUAACCUCAAUCUUCGAUGUUCAGUCUUCCAAAAAAUAUUUUUUUGGAUGUAACGGGCAGCUGUGUUUGUCGUAAAAUCCUAGGAGGACAUUCAAACGGAAGGCGCGAGCCGGUUUGACGGGUGUCAGCGCGAGACAUACUUGCACGCUUUUAUUUUCAUUUAUUCUCGUUCGGGGGCUUACACGAGUUACCGCUUCACUUCCAAAAGAGAAAAAUAAAUAAUUGCACCUGCAUUUUGUAAGUAAAACACGUGUUUAAUAUUCCACUCAGGUAAAGAUAAAGCAUGGCGCAAUAUCACGAAGAUCCGGCGCAGCUCACUAAAGAGAAACUAAAGAGUGAGUUACUGGCCAACAAUGUUCCUCUGCCCAGCGCUGACAGCAAGAAAGACGUCUAUGUGCAGCUGUAUCUGAAGAACCUGACCGUACUCAACAAGAAGAGCAUCUCUGCUCCCGACACUUUCUCCAGUGAUGAGGAGAUGACAGCGCCGCUGGUGUCCAACAGAAGCCGCUCGGGGAAGAAAGCCACAAGAAAGACAGACAGAGUUCGGGCUGAGGAGAACGACAUUUCGGGUUUGACUGAUGAAGAGUUGAAGGUUCAGCUUCAGAAGUAUGGAGUCCAUACAGGACCAAUUGUUGCAUCUACACGUCAGCUGUAUGAGAAGAAGCUUCAGCAGCUCCUGGAGCAUCCGCCACUGGAGAACACCCUGCCUGAACCCGAGACCACCAUCCCAGUGGCCGUCACCAUCAAAGCAGAUGGAAACCAGAACGGAAACACGCAUUCAGCUGAAGAUCAGUACAGCGACAAAGAAGAAGAAGUUGAUCCUGUACCUGAGCCGGUUCCCGUAGUGACUAAGCCGGUCCGGAGCAGAGGAAAGACUCCAGUCACCACCAGGACCAGCAGCAGGCAGCGCGCUAAACAGCAGGUGGAGGAGACGGCAUCAGUCAUUGAGGAAGCGUCCCUGGACGGAGGAGAUAUUUUAAAGGAAAUCUUCCCCAAUGAACCUGCCACACCUACCGGAAUAAUGGCCACAUGUCGGAGGCCGAUCCACGGUGCUGCCGGACGUCCAGUGAAGCUGCUGAACCUGCGGUCCGAGGAGCCCCUCCUACAGCAGAGCAUUUACACAACGACUAAAUCCUCUGUCACAGAUGUCCGUAGCGCAGCUCCCGCCGUUCCUCCCAGACCCCGCCGCUGGCUCGCUUUCUGGUUGAAGCUCCUGGUGUUCAUCGCACUGGCUGCGUCUCUGUAUUACGCCUUCCAGAAUGUCACCACCGAUCAGAUCAACACCUGCCAGCUUUAUAUCCAGGACAAUGUGAUCACACCCAUCGUCAAUUACAUUAGCUGGGAGAGCCCAUCCGAGGGCGGCGACGGCAAGUGAGCUGCAAAUCCGUCGACCCGCUUCAGCAUGCACCUGCUGUCAGACUGUUUUUCUAGUCCUUUAAGGAAUAACGCAUCGGCAGGGUUCGGGGAGGGGAGGGAUUCUGCUUAUCGCAGUUUGACCUAGCAGUCACAUCUGAAUAGACUUGUGUUUCAAGUAGUCUUUAAACUCUGUGUGCAUCGUGUGUUUUGAUCUUGCUUUGCGAUUUUACGGUUUUGUAGCAUUUGAGACGACGUAGACAAGUGUAGUGUUCGCUAACAGUGAAUCUUUCGCCGCAGUCACCAGCGCUCCCACAUCGAGAGUUUAAGACUCGCCGGCGUGUUUCUUCAAGUGCCAAGAUGCGGCCAACACGAGCACAGUUUGGUUUCUCACACAUCGCAGCUGGAAGGAAAACCCUGAAUGUUUGCAAAAACGUUUUCCUGAAAAAUCCUGGUGAAGUUUAUUUUUAGCGUGGUUGAAUCUGACAUUAUGAAGUGUUGCUAAUGAAACCAGAGUGAGAAAAUUGUGUUCUUGCAGAGUAGGGUGAAUCUCACAAGAAAAUAUCUGGCUCAUAUUUCACCACAAAAUCAAAAGAUAUAUACAUCCUCCAUUGUGUUGGUAUAAUGGCAAAAAAAAAAAAAUCUUAUUCUCAUUACCUUAGGGUGAAAAAUCUAAUUUUCAUUACCAGAGUGCAAAAAAAAAAACAUUUGUAUUACUGUAAUUAUGGAAAAUUAUGGAAGCUUGUUUCCGUCACUGAAUAAAGGUAAUUGCAACUUUUUAAUCUCACAAUUUUGACUUUUGUGAGAUUAUAUCUCGCAAUUCUGACUUUUUUUUUUCUUUUUUUUCUCCCGAUUGUGUUUAUUUCUCAGAAUUCUGACUUCUUUUUUUUUGCAAUUGCGAGUUUAUAUCUCGGAAUUCUGACUUUUUUUCUCCCAGUUACGAGUUUAUUUCUCGGAAUUCUGACUUUUUUUUCUCCCAGUUACGAGUUUAUUUCUCGGAAUUCUGACUUUUUUCUCUCAAUUGCGAGUUUAUUUUUCGGAAUUCUGACUUUUUUUCUCCCAAUUGCGAGUUUAUAUCUAGCAAUUCUGACUUUAUAAAUCGCAGUUGUGAGAAAAAAAGUCAGAAUUGUUAGAUGAAAAGUCGCAAUUAUCUUUCUAUUUUUUUUAUUCAGCAGCAGAAACAAGCUUCCAUAGAAAAUAACUUAGACAAAAACUAAUUUUAUUUUAAAUUAAUUAAAAAAUUAUUCAUAUAAUAUAGUAGUAAUUAAUGUCUGUGCACAAUAACUAUUUUUUACUUAAAAUUGGCAUACAUUUAAUUCAGUUUAAGAAGUACAGCCACAGUGCUGUUUAAAUCAUUAUUAUUUGCAUUACAGUAAUUAUAAUUAGCUGGAAUGUGCUUAAUUGAAGAUAUUUUAAAUAAUUUUUUUUAAUAAAUUUAGUUGAUUUUUGCGGUGAAAUAUGACUUUGAUAUAUGCUUGACGGUUUUCAUCAGAUUCAUCCAGUAGCUUUCUUUUAAAUGAUUUGUAGCAUUGAAAUGUUCAAACUACUGAACCACCAGCUCAGAUAAUGUCUGGUUUUAGUACUAGACUUUUUAGAUUGAUAUUUGUUUUUUGUUUUUUUUUUAUCCAGAGCCUGACAGAAAAUGUGAUCUUAUAUGAAAGUCUCGUGUAGUAAAUAAAGCUUCACUUCUGGUGAGAGGCAGUCUUUUUAAAUUUUUUAAAUAGGUAAUGGUGGCUUGUUAAAUGUGUUUGUGAUGUUUUCAUAAUGUGAUGUGGCAUUAUAGCCAAUUAUAAAACCCGUAAUGAAAAUUGAGUCCGCCGACACUUGCCUGUUCUUGACUGUAAACGGACCGUCUGUGAUUCAUCUGACUAAACUAUGAAUUCAUUUCUAUGCUGUAAUUUUUAAAAACAAAACCGUUGUCCUCUGUACUAAGUAUAUCUUCAUUUCAUUCAAAACAAUACAUAUGUGACAUCUUCAUUUGCAGGGGUUUGUUUUUAUAUUUUGGUACUGUUUAAUCACUUUUUAACUACAAUAUUUUUCUAAUGUCUUCUCUAAAAUUAAAAACAUUUUUUUCAAAAUGCAGUGGGUUACUUUUAAAUGUACAUACCAACUCUACUAACCAAUAACUAACAUCUUAGUUUUGUCCUGCUGUGUCAAAGGCAGUGAAAGUCCAAUUUGCACUUUGUAUUUAGGCAGCUAAUUGUGUAAAAUUGGUCAUAUGGAAUGAUUUGAAUAUUUAUCCUUGAUUCAAUACGAUUCUGGUGUGAAAUAAAAUAAAACCAGUGAAACCCCA